AACACUCAGCUGGCCCUCCGCUAGUUUUUGACAACAACGACUCUGUCGACAAUGUUCACAUCUUGACUAUUGGCCCCAACACAGCCAUAACUUACUAUUAGUCCGUUGCCUUUUUUAUUAUUUGAAGUUAUACAUCAUGGAGCAGUCUGCGCCCAAAAGCAAGCUGAAAAAGCUGAGUGAGGACAGCUUGACCAAGCAGCCAGAGGAAGUGUUUGAUGUUUUAGAGAAACUCGGUGAAGGUUCCUAUGGCAGCGUGUUCAAAGCCAUCCAUAAGGAGUCCGGCCAGGUGGUGGCCAUCAAGCAGGUUCCUGUGGAGUCGGAUCUGCAGGAGAUCAUCAAGGAGAUUUCCAUCAUGCAGCAGUGUGACAGCCCGUAUGUAGUGAAAUACUAUGGCAGCUACUUCAAGAACACUGACCUGUGGAUUGUCAUGGAGUACUGUGGAGCCGGCUCUGUGUCUGACAUCAUCAGACUGCGCAACAAGACGUUGACAGAGGAUGAGAUUGCCACUAUCCUGAAGUCAACACUGAAGGGUCUUGAAUACCUUCACUUCAUGAGGAAGAUCCAUCGAGACAUCAAGGCAGGAAACAUCCUCCUCAACACCGAUGGACACGCCAAACUGGCCGACUUUGGAGUUGCUGGACAGCUAACGGACACUAUGGCGAAGAGAAACACUGUGAUCGGUACUCCCUUCUGGAUGGCCCCAGAGGUGAUCCAGGAGAUCGGCUACAACUGUGUUGCUGACAUCUGGUCCCUGGGCAUCACGUCCAUAGAGAUGGCCGAGGGCAAACCUCCCUACGCUGACAUCCAUCCCAUGAGAGCGAUCUUCAUGAUCCCCACCAACCCGCCUCCAACGUUCAGGAAGCCGGAGCUCUGGUCGGACGACUUCACGGACUUUGUCAAGAAGUGUCUGGUCAAGAAUCCAGAGCAGAGAGCGACUGCCACGCAGCUCCUACAGCACGCAUUUAUAAACCAAGCCAAGCCGGUCAUAAUCCUGAGAGACCUGAUCACUGAGGCCAUGGAGAUGAAAGCCAAGAGGCAGCAGGAGCAGCAGAGAGAGCUGGAGGAGGAGGACGACAACUCUGAUGAGGAGACGGAGGUGGACUCUCACACUAUGGUGAAGUCGGGCUCGGAGGGUGCAGGAACCAUGCGGGCCACCAGCACCAUGAGUGAUGGCGCCCAGACCAUGAUUGAACACGGCAGCACCAUGCUGGAGUCGGACCUGGGCACCAUGGUCAUCAACAGUGAUGAUGAUGAUGAUCAGGAGGAAGACCAGGGAUCCAUGAGGAGACACGCCACCUCUCAGCAGCCAAUACGUCCGUCCUUCAUGGACUAUUUUGACAAGCAGGACUCCAACAAGGCGGCCCAACAGCAGGAGAACUACAACCACAACCAGCCGCAGGAGCAGCCCGGCUACCAUAUCCAGUCCAAGAACGUCUUCCCCGACAACUGGAAGGUGCCCCAAGACGGAGACUUCGACUUUCUAAAGAACCUGGACUUUGAGGAGCUGCAGCUGCGUCUGACUGCCCUGGAUCCCAUGAUGGAGCGGGAGAUUGAGGAGCUCAGGCAGCGCUACACUGCCAAAAGGCAGCCCAUCCUGGAUGCCAUGGAUGCCAAGAAGAGACGACAACAGAACUUCUGAGUGCCUCUCGCACUAGUCUUCACCACAAAACUUACAUCCCAUUGACUCAGAGGAACUAAAGAUGACCGUAUUGUCUUUGUCUGCUGUUCUAAUCGCCUGCUAACUGGCCUCUAAAUGAAGUUGGAUGCCUCUCUUACAUCCAUUUUGACUCCUGGAAUCUACACUCGUCUGCCUUGUUUCCACACUUCGUCUCGAUGCUGUUCCACCAUAUCUAAGUCUUAUAUUUGUUUCUACACUUCCUGUAAAGUUGCUUUCCCAUGAAUGAUACUCAGGACUGAGGCCAAAGAGAGAACUAAGGCUAUUAUACGUCUGAACGUCACAACGUAAGUUCCACCAUCAACACAUAAGGAGGCCUAUCGGGCAGUAGCAGCAGCGUAAUCACAGCGGUCGAUGACAUGUGCUCUUUUUUUCCUCAGACUUUUCACUUUCACUGUAAAUAUAAUAUAGAGCCUAGUUUGGAAAUACCUGCAAGAAAAAGCUGUGGAGGCCUGUCCAUGACCAAAGACAAUCAAGAUGAUGAUUAUAGUGGAGAAUGCCUUAAAAUAAUGUAAAACUGGUCAGGUGGUUAAAUCCAUUUCCUCACUUGGAGAUGAGUCGGAAGUGGACUGAGGAAAGCUGUUAGGAUGGAGAGAAAUGGCGGUAGUGAAGAACGGAUCAUGCAUGUUUUCAGGGUUGGAUCAGAACAUUUGAAACUAUUUUUAUUAGUCUUAAUUAUCAUUUAUUUAAUUAUCACGUUAUUUUUUUGGGCUUCUUUAAAACAACCAGUGCACUGUCUAUGUAUUGACUCCGUGCAUCUCGGUGCCUCAUAACACACCUGUACCACUUACCCUGAUGUUUUAAAGUCGGAGCUUUAACUUGACAAGAUGAUCCACUUUACACAAAUUAAAACCAGAGAUAUCACCAAAAUUCAUUCUGAAGUUUAAAAAAAAAAAAGAAAAAGCAAGCGAAUGCAUUCCAGAAUACUGCAGAUUUAUUCCACGGUUGUAAUAAUUGUUUUCUGUUAUAAAUUGAGAUUGCAAUUUAACUUUAUAAAAUGUGUGGAGCCGUCUCGUAUGCACAGCAUUAGAGAAGAGAAAGAAGAAGCCUUUAUUUUGAAUGUUAAAUGGAAAGCUCCUACUGCUCUUCAUGAGGGAAACAAACUGCGCUGUUGUGGUUGUAGUUAAAUUCUGACGUUCUGAUUUUACACGCGCUAACGAUGACCCUUUGAAUACAUGUACAAUAUGUCUGCAGGUUGCUGUUGCAUACGAAUGUUAAUAUGCAGUCUUUAUGGUUCAGCACAUACUGCAUAUUAAUCAACAUUUUGAUAUAAUCUUAUGAAUAGAGCUGUUACACUAUCUCGCGUAUCUGAUGGACAAUGUGGCUAAAAUGAGCUGAAACUUUAAAACACUUGAAUCCACUCUUUUUUUUUUUUCUUCAAACCCGCUUAUUCACAGAAAUCAUUACCAUUCUUGUCAUAAAUUAAUUCUGCAGUGCUUUAGCAACUCGCACACAAGCAUUCACAAUUUAUUUGUUAAAUGUGUUUCAAACUUUUUCAUUUUGUGACACUGGUUUAAAUAUGGUAGCUGAUUUGGCUCUUAAUAUUUCUGCCCUUUGUUGACUAUAUGUGGCUUGAUUUCUGCGUUUUUUAGACUAUGCAUGUUUAUAGUUGUUUGCUAUUUAGUGGAAUGUUUCUAACAGAGCGCUGUUAAUAUGGAAGCUGGAUUUUCAGUUUUAACAAACUAUUUGCUCUGUACAAUUUUAAAAACGCCCCAUCUGAAAUAUGACACUGCGGAGAAUAUGCCAUCGUAUGUGUAGUUAUCUGAAAUCACGGUUUGAUAUAUAUAGCUAUAUGAUUUUGUUCUGUUAUUUCUGCAAUAUAAUGACUCGAGAGUGAAGAGUGGAAUGUAAGCAUUAAUGUUUGAACCACCUAAUUUAUUAUCUUUUGUUUGUAAUACUUUAUUUUGAACAGGUGCAAGAAAUAAUAAAAGUUACUUAUAGUUAACCA